AUGGAUUUGACCAACUUGCGCGAGAGUCUGGAGACGAGUGCGGGGCAGGCGCACGAAGCGCAGCGGCGCAUGUACGACGAGCGGCUUACGAGUGAAUUUCGACUGGCCGCUCUGCAAAUGACCAACCUGUACAAAAAAGGACUCGAAAACACGCAUUCCGCGUUCCAAGCAGGGUAUACUCAGGCACUGCGCGAUACGCUGGAGCUGGUAUGCGGCUCGGGAAGUGACACAAGCACAGCCGCGUCGCUGCAGCCCCUCGCGCAGUACCUGACGGACCGAAUCGAGUCGCUAGCGCCCGAGCAGGACGCGCCGGAAGGGUCGGAUCUGCACACUGCACCGAAAUCCACGUUCUGUGCACAGCAUCUCGACCGCGAACCACACGUGCUUUUCGAGGAGAAAGCAGCGGCCGCGCCGACCAUGCCGAGCAUGACGCCGCGCCGUCACGCCCUGCCUUCCGAGACCGACACGGACGCUGCAUCGGAGGGGGUGUUGAGUGACUCGCCGCCUCCUCACGCGCGGAAAUACCGGCGCAGCAGCAAGCGCCACCGUCACGAGUCCAGUGGUCCAACCGCGUAG